GACGGACAGGCAUUCCUCUACUAUUUUUUCCCUUUUUAUUUCUUCUAUUAGCCUUUGAACUGAUUAUUCUUUUUAAUUUCUGCUUCUGAUUCGGCCUCACGUUUCCUCAUUUCCCCUUCCCCAGUCGCUGGAGUGGCAUGUCUAUUGGUUUGACGUCCAUGCCACUACCCCCAGAAAAGAAAAGGAUAAAGUCUCCGCCCAUGACUACAAGGCCUGGCGCACCCCCGCCAUCCUUGGCACCGCCGAUAGCGAACCCAUGCCUCACUUGCCUUGUCUCUCUUGUCUCUCUCUUGUCUCUCCUUGCUCGUCGUUCUGCCUUUUAUUUUCGUGCUCCUCCCACCAUCUCGUGCCCGUCAUUUCCCAUCCCUAUGGGAUGAGGAAUGGUGUGACUUUGACAACAUAAGAAACCAAGCUAAUCCGAUCUUGGCCGAGUAAAGCUCCCAACUUGCUGGUUACAUCUCAUACCAAAGGGAGCUUUUUAGGGGCAAUGCACGAAGAACACUUUUUGUUCUAUUGUCCCAUUGUAUCGUGGACUGGGAGGCUAAUUUUGUGGUUUGUCUCAAUUCAACGCAAGAAGUAACUUGGAGAUUUGCUUGAUUUAGCCUGGCAUACCCGUCCCGCUGCGGGUUCCCAAUCUGGCCGAUGGAGGGAAGUUUUCGUGUGCGUGUGUGGAUGAGCCAUGUACGUCUAAGGGUGUGUGUAAGUGCGUGCGUGUAAAUUUAAGUGUGUCAGAUUCGUUAGUGAAUUAGUGGUAGCCCCCCUCGUAGGUAGCUUAGUGGCACAAGUACCUUAGUUAAGG